AUGCCGACUCAAAUUGAUCAGAAGGUGGUCGAUCCAGAAGCUGAGCUCAGCAACGCUCAGAGGAUGUUCCAAAAACUGGCGCCAAUGUGCAGUGUGGCGAAGCGAGCAGCAGGAAUACCACAGCUGGCGCCGCAAGAGAAACAGAUGAACAUUCUCAAGCAUGAACUGAAAGAGACGCAACUUUGUAUCAAUCUAGCAACUAAAGGCCAACAUGCUGUCCACGAUUCCGUCGUUAAGAAGAACACGCAGAAAUCUAUCCUUGACUACGAAAACCUGGAGGCAGAGCUGAGAGAUGAGAAGGCGCAAGAGUCUGAAUUGGACGUUCUGAACUACUUGGCAAAGAAACUUAUCUGUGACCUCUCCAAGACUGUUCCGACAGAAGCUGACGAGCUGGCGAUAUUAGAGGCCGCCAACAAUCGUCUUCGUCGCAUGGAAAAUCGUCUCGACCUGGCCACCAAGAGGUUCUGUAUUGUUAAUGCUAGCAACCGUCAAAUAAGAGAAGAGAUAAAUAGACUGCUAGUGGAGAGAAAUGACUUCAACGUACAAUGGAACCGUACCAUAGGCAGACUGCUGAGAGGUAAAGAAUACCUGAUGGAUAUAUUUGAGAUUGCCACUGUAGCCUUCGCUGAACGAGACGAGUGCUGCAGGAAACUCGAAGCUCUGAAAUGGAGAGGGCUGUUUCAGCUAAAUAGAGAUAUUUCCGAAAUGCAAGGUUUCGAGGGGGAUUUAAAUCAAUUAGCAAAAUUGGAAGAGUUUCUGCGUACGAAGGGCUCCAGGAGACUAUGCGAGGCCGAUGAGAAAGAAGAAAUUCGGAGGCAUGAAGAAGUGAUGAGAUGUGAACAGGAGAUUGCCAAAUAUGACAAACUGCUGGAUGAUGUUUUUGCUUACGCUGGAACACAUAAAAUGGGUAUCAUUAUGACGAAUUUUGACAAGACUGAGAUAGAGAACUUCUCAUUGUUUAUUCUGCUGUGUGAAGUUCUGCAAGAAUCUAUGCACAUGAGAAGAAAUCUUGAAAGCAUGAGACAAAGGAUUUUGGACGCUCGUGAUAGAAAUGAAGCUCAGACUGAGAGACACGAGAGGAAAAUAGUUGAGAUGACAAUGGAACUGAACGAACAACAGCAGAGAACCAGAGACAAGCUGAACCAAAAUAUAGCCGCUGAGAAUACCUUUAAUAAGGUUCUGAAGGGCAUUGAUGAUCUAGUCAAAUUGAUAAGGUACGACAUCACUCCACUGCUAGUGCUCUUGGGAAACCACAGGGAGGUAACCCAGUGGAAUGUCAGCCGGUUCCUCAACAUCUUGGAGUGCGAAAUCAAAAGUCUCAUCGAAGUUGUUUAUGGUGCUGUUAAGCCGCCCCCGCCGAUGCCAAAAGGACGCAAAUCAACAACGGAGGCUCCACCUCCAGCUACCAAACUGGUGGCAGAUCCUCACGUGGAAGUUAUCCGGCCGAACAAGAUUGAUAAGCUGGUACCAUAUAAACCUUGCGCUUAUUGUGUUGAAGACUACAUAAUGAACUUGGUAUUCGAGACACCGGCAGUUCUAGCCGACAAGGAAUACAUCGAAUCCAUAUUUCAUUUAGAAGAUGAAAACACUAAAUUUGGAAUUUACACUCUUACCAUACCAGAAAAGCGCCAUCCAUUACGAGGAAAGAAGGAAUAA